ACAUCUCGUAAAAAGUUUGCUGUUCCCUGGAAGUUUAUUCCGAAAAAGUUAACCCGCCGUAGGUUGCUCUUGAUCGCUUUCAUUUCCGGCCUUUCCCUUGACUAUCUUCCGUCACAAGUUUGAUGAUACCGUCUCUCCUCUUUGGCGUUUUACUGAUGACAGUCCCAUCUUCAAAUGGGGUACCGGUGGCGUGUAUGAUGGAGUAUGAGGAUGGUGGCGCUCCGGCCGUGUUUGGGUAUCCAGAGUGUCCAGAGCGGGUUUUCCCCCCUGCUGGAUAUCUUAAAAAUCAAACCUUGAAUUGCCAGUUUGCCAUCCUUCAGGGACGCAGAGACUACCAAGAAGAUGUCAUAGCUUGUAACCUUGAUUUCAAAGUGCCUUUACUUGGUGCAGGCAAAAAUGGGCUGGAGGAGGAAGCAGUUGGAGUUGUAGCAGUAUUUGAUGGCCAUGGUGGAAAGGAAGGUAGUGAGAUUGCUUCAAAACUUCUUUUUGAUUAUUUUUACCUGCAUGUUUUAUUCCAAUCAUACAAGGUAAUGGCACAUCAUAAUGGGGUGUUAUCCUCAAGUGAUUAUAAGUCAUUUCAGCUGGAAAUUCUAAAAGAAGCAUUAUCCAGGACAAUUCGUGACAUUGAUUUCAGUUUUUCUCAGGAAGCUAUUAAAAAUAACUUUUUAUCUGGCUCCACUGCUACUGUUGUUCUAUUGUAUGAUCGGCAAAUUUUAGUUGCUAAUGUGGGUGACUCAAAGGCUCUUCUUUUGUCGGAGAAAAUUCAGUCUGCUCUGGGGACUGAAGGUGAUUCAACGGAGCAUCUAUCAGCAACAGCAUUAACAUAUGAUCAUCAUCCAGAUAGAGAAGAUGAAAGAGCUCGAAUUGAAGCAGCUGGCGGUUCUGUCAUUACGUGGGGCGUGCCUCGAGUCAAUGGAGUGCUUGCCAUGUCUCGUUCCAUUGGUGAUGUAUAUCUGAGAAGGUAUGGCGUUAUAGCUGAGCCCGAGUAUACGGGUUGGAGACCUUUAACUGCUAAUGAUACGCAUUUGGCGGUUGCAUCUGAUGGCAUAUUUGAGAGCUUGACACAACAGGAUAUUGGUAAUCUGAUUUUUCAAUGGAAUUCACAUUUCCAAACAAGUGAAGAUUCAGAGAUGCCAUGGUCAUGCUUGUCUUCAACCUCAUUGGCAGAGUGUAUUGUAAAUACUGCAUAUGAGAAAGGCAGCCAUGAUAACUUGUCUGUGAUAAUUGUUCCCUUGACACCGACAAGUGUCCUAUGAUUUCUAAGAUGUAAUGAGGAUUGAGGAACCAACAUUAAUCACUUAGAUUUUGGAACUAGAAUUACUGAUGGGCUGAGCUCCCUUGGCACAAUCCCUCAAGAAAUAUGUGUUUGGAGCAUAACUUCUUGUGGAAGUUGAUUAGCAGAUAUUCAAAGUUGGUGUUGGUAGUUCA